AAACCAACAAUACAAACCCCCACACGAAACUCACACCGCCGUUGCUUGUCAUCUCAUCAAUCAAAUCAGCCACCGGCAAUGGGAGUUUUCACCUUCGUAUGCAAAUCCUCCGGCGGCGCCUGGACCGCUAAGCAGCUUAACGGUGACCUCGAAGGCUCCGGUGAUUCCACUUAUGCUUUGCAGAGGAAGCUUGUUAACGCCGCUCUUUCGACCGAUUCUUCCGGUGGUGUUCAGUCGUCGUUCAGCUAUGUUCUUCCUGAUUCAGCUGUUUUUCAGGUGAUUAUUGGCGGAGGUGGUGGUGGAGCUUCCUUUGGGGGUGGAGCUGCUGCAGCAUCUGCACCAUCAGGCGGGGCAGCGGCUGCUGAGGCACCAGCAGCUGAGGAGAAGAAGGAAGAGAAGGAGGAGAGUGAUGAUGACAUGGGUUUCUCCCUCUUUGAUUAAGCCUUUUCUUUUUUGAUGCAGUUUUUGGUUUUGCCUUUGUUAAUUCUUCAUAAUUUGAAGCUUUGAUAUUGCUGCUUAUAUUCUGGACGAUAAGCUAGGGUUUUUGUGUUUUAUUGGUAUGAAGGAUAUUUAUAUUUUGGGCCUUAAA